GCCGCAUUGCGUUCAAAGCGAUGCAAGCCCUUCAACCCUUUGCUCGUGCCAUGGACGGGAUCUGCAUUGAGCAUUUAUUGCAACGGCCGUCCAGCCUCUGACUCUCGUGCAUACCCUGCCAUCCUACCAUCAUGCGCGACCUCAUCCUGUCAAACGUACUGUCAAGUGUACCUGCUGCGCUGAGCUUCUUCCUGGCUGUCGUCAGGAGUACGAGUACGGCCACGGCCAUAGCGGUCAACAAGACCAGCCUGGGUGAUGCGGUCUCUCUUAUCGACUGGAGGAAUUACGCACCUCGCAAGUGCAUUUUCAGCAACUACCAUUGCCUCACCGUCGAGAACUACGAUGGGGACUUCGGCUUCACCAAGCUAAACUGCCAGGUCAGCCUGACGUACGAGGCUAAUGUGAACAGUAAGCUCUUUACGAAAGCGUCGAGCCCGCAGUUUCACACAAACUGAAAGCCCGUGGGGGUCAGAGACUACCUACUUGUUCAAUAGUCGGUCUCAUGG